UUGUUUAGGACACAAUAAUGAAUAGUAAUACGUGUAAAACUUGUGGAAAGCAAUUCGCAAAACCUACUUUCCUGCGCCGGCACCAAGUUGUACAUACCAAAGAGAAGUCAUACGUUUGCGAAGCCUGCUUGCUCAGCUUUUCCCAGCAGAGCUCUUUACAGCGUCAUAAACGCAUAAAGCAUGCAAGAUCCGAAACUAAUUCCGUGCCUGAAGAUACCGACCAAGUUGCCCAUCAAGCUUUGACUGCUCUGCUAGACCUGCAGAGUGGAAUGGUAGCAAGACCACAAAACACCCCCAAGCGCUGUGGGAGCCUGCAAACCACUAUGGAAGAGCAGCCACAGUGCAGCAUUGUAGCAGUUCUGGAUAGAUUGGAUCCUUCUGGGCAAGUAACAACCUUAACCGUUCAAAGAAUACAGCGAUCUCCGAACAGAUGCUAUUAUGUCUGCGAGUUUUGCGCCAAAGAGUUUUUCAAGACUUACGACCUAAUCAGACAUCGACGCUCGCACACCAAGGAAAAACCGUAUCCAUGUCACAGAUGCCUAAAGCGUUUCUCCACCCAAACCAAAUUAAAUGAGCAUCGAAAGCGGAUGCAUAGUAAAUCGAGUAAUUGCCGGCAACUGAACAAAAAUAAGCAGCACGCACUUCAGCAGGUAUUGCCGUGCGCACAGAAAAAUUUUACUUCAGCCAGAAGCUACAAAUGCGUUUACUGCAGUCGAAUAUAUAAACGAAAGCUCAACUGCCGUCGUCAUAUGUUGACGCAUUUAAGCCGCUUAAGCCCACCCUGUGGGAAAAAUAUAUCACUGAAGAGUUGCGUCGAGUGUGGAAAAGCCUUUAAGAAUACAAACGAUUUAUCCAGACAUUUGCUAACACACACUAAAACAAAAUCCCACGUAUGCCACUUCUGCCAGAAAUCCUUCACCCUUAAAUCGACGCUCUCUAUGCAUUUGGCAACCCACCUCAACUCUUCUCAGCGACUUUCAGUUAACUGCCAAGUUUGUGGCAAGUUGUACGGCUCCAAGUCAGCUCUACAGAUUCACCUGCGUCUCCACACCGGCGAACGCCCCUUCACCUGCGAGAUUUGUUAUCAAACCUUUCGAACUUCGGGCCACAGGAUCGAACACAUGCGGGCCGAACGACAUCGCGUGACAUCAUCACUCAUAUGAAAAAUACCAGUUGCGAAAGUAUAUUUCAACUUUAUCAAUACUAUGUACAACACAACAUUAUGAAUUAAAGCCCGGCGAAGUUCCGAAAUGGAAGUGCUUGUCGAACUCCUGGCUCUUAGAAACUUCGUUCAUCUUCUGACGUUUGUCCGCCAAUAUAAAGUCGUCUUCCUCAACCAUUUCAGAGUCGCCACGUUUGCGCCGAAAAGU